UGUUUCACGCACGGGACGUAGAGAAAGUAAUUUUAUAUUUUUAGUAAUUUGUACACAUCCAAUGGUUGAAUAAACACUUUUGUGUUGUGAGAAAUGCUCGUGUUGCUGUUGUUGUUUAAUCGCAAGUGCCAAAAAAGCAGACUUAGACUAAUAGAAUGUCGGGAAAUGGUGAUGACUGACACAUCCAUUCGUGCUUAUUUAAAGUGAUUUUAUGAGUGUUUUAGUGCAAGUUCGACAGGAUGCCGAGGGGAGAAAAUAGACCGAGCGUCCUGUUAUCUCGUGAUGAAAAUGACCAGGUGUUUAGUCUCAUUGGGCCGAAGUGCCAGAGCUUAGCAACAGCAGUAGUACAAUUAUUUACCACAGAGGGACCAGCCCAUUCAGAAUGGAAGAAGAAGGACACAGGUGUCCUUUGUCUAAUCAAAGACAACAGCAAACGCUCAUAUUUCUUCCGGAUCUACUGUCUAUACCGUAAGGCAAUGAUAUGGGAGCACGAAGUUUACUUGCAAAUAGAAUACAAGAGCCCUCGGCCAUACUUACACACAUUUGAGGCUGAGGAAUAUAUGACAGCAUUUAAUUUUGCAAACGAAGAUGAGGCAAGAGCGCUCCGUAAUAUACUUAUCGAGAAAAUUGAAUUACGAAAACAGAGGAGAGAGGAACGACGACAACGUUCGAUGUUAGUGCCGCGGGCAAACAGCGCUUCGUCUUACACUUCGAACUUGUCGACCUCGUCUAACCCGUCGGCCCGCGUGAACGGCGUGAGUGCGGCGCCCCCCGCGCCCACACCCCCGCCGCCGCCGGCCGCCCUGCCCGCGCACAGCGCCAAGACCAACACGCUGCCCAGUUAUACGUUGAAGGGUUCGAGCAAAAAGCCGAAGGGCCGAAAAUUGACGAAGGCAGACAUUGGAACGCCUAAAGAUUUCGUACAUGUUUCGCACGUGGGCUGGGAUGCGACCAAAGGUUUCGAUGUUGACCUGCCCGCCGACGAGAUGCAAUCGUUCUUAGCCAAAGCUGGCAUAACGGAUAAACAGCUGAAGAACCAGGCCACGCGACAGUUUAUAUACGAUUUCAUCUGCUCGCACGGAGGCGCCGAUGCUGUAAAGGAGGAGCUACACGACACACCUAAGAUAAAAGAAAAUUCUCGCGGGUUGGCUCCCCCCGCCGCGCCCCCCGCGCCGCCCGUGCCCGCGCGCGCGCCGCACGCCAUCCCGCCCGCGCCGCCGUCCCGCGCGCCGCCCCCGCCGCCCGCGCGCGUCGUGCCCCCCGCGCCCCCGCCGCCCGCCUCGCUGGCGCCGCGCAACCCGCCGCCGCCGCGACCCUUGCAGCCGCCGGCAAGCGCGCCACCGUCGGUACCGCCGCCGCCACCGCCCCCGACCGCGCCGCCGCCACCGCCUACAGCACCACCGGCGCCACCACCGACGCCGCCUGCGCCCCCGCCACCACCGCCCCCCGACAGCGCUGGGUCAGACCCGCGCUCUGCUCUCAUGGAGAGCAUUCGUAGCGGGAAUAAAUCGCUGAGACAUGUGGAAGUCGGAUCGAAGACUUCGCUGAACGACGAUAGCAGAAGUAAUUUGCUUAGUGAAAUACGACAGGGGAUCAAUUUGCGAUCCGUGCGUCGCUCGAGCAGCUCCGGCGAGGAGCGCAGCGCGAGCAGCGCGGGCGAGGCGUGCGGGCUGGCGGGCGCGCUGCAGAGGGCGCUGCAGGAGCGCGCCCGCGCCAUACACUCGUCGGAGUCGGAGGACAGCGACAACACCACCAGCGACGGCGAGUGGGACGACUAGCCGCGUGACGUCACCGUGCCGCACUCCUCGGGGACGACAGACUCGUACUUCGCCUACUGGUUUAGGAAUUAUCGCACUUCCUAUAUGAUGAUUUAUUAAAUUCAAUCCGAGACAAAAUGACACCAAAAUUCUCCUGAGCGAGAAUAUCCUAUCAUUUUUAUUCAAUAUAUUCUUAUAUUAAUGCAAUAAGUCGUUCCUCAGGCGUUAGAAAAGGUAACAAAAGUAUGUGCCUAUAAUAGAUGUAAAGUUUGACUAUAUCUUAUAAUUAUAACCUCAACAAUUAGUAUUCGGACAAAAUAAUGCUGUAUUAUUUAAUAUUUUCGCGUCACUCUUAAACAAUUUUCUUUAGUAAUUUAAUUCGUCACUAAUACAAUUUUAUGGCACAAUAUCAUAGAGCAUAAAAAUAUAUAUUCGCCAAAAAAAUGGUGUUAAAGAUGAAUCAGACACAGAAAAAGUUCUGAAUAAUAAAGAAAACAUUAUAAAUAUGGUUGCCAAAUAAAAUGAAGAUAAGUCCGUUGCUCAAAACAAAAAUUCUUGCACUCAUUUUAAACAAAUGCAACAACUGUAAUUCAACUUAUAAAAACUCAUCUUACACUGAUGUAUACAUACAUACUAUCAUAGCUGUUACUAUAUUAUGUUAUAGCAUUCAUAAUUCUUUAUAACGGUUAUAUAUUUAAUCACAUUAUUGUCUUAUUUACUUAUUCGACAUUUAAUAUAAAUAAUAAUUUGUUAUGUUAUGUUGUAUAUUAAUAUAUCUUGUAUAUGUGUACAUAGUAUUCCAGUAUAUAAUUGACUGAGAAUAACAAAAGGUGAUUCUAAAACUUAGCAAUUAAUAUAGACGUUAAGAUAAAGGUAACAUUACUAUCGAUUAAAGUACUUUGUGAUGUAAACUAAGUCUUAUGUUCGACAAUCCGUAACUGCCUUAGGUUUUGAUGUAUUAUUUAAUUGUAUCUUGUAAGAGAAACAUAAUAUGUAGAGCAAUAAUUUUCAGUGUAACGAGCGUAGUAAUAGUGCGCGUCUUCGUAUAAUUGAUAUUGGGGAUAACUAGUGCUUUGCAACGAUUUUAUUAAAACUAAAUAUUAAGCCGCCAACCAAUGGAGCAAUUUGCAAAUUUUAUAAUCCAAUAAAAGUUAUGAUUGAUAGUUCUUAUAUGUUCGUUGUUGCUCCAGUAAUUUUGAAACGAACAAAUUUAUAAACUAGAUUUUUUUUAUUUAAUGAACAUAUCAUUUUUAUUAUCUGUAUUAGCUUGCUUGAAACUUUGCAUUUAUACUAUUUACAAUCAAUUAAGUUCAUUUUUCGACGUUUUAUAAAUAUAUUAUCAUUAUCUUGUUAUCGUUUUAUAAUCCAUCAGACUAAAACAUUGCAACUUAUCCAUUCUUUAUAGGACUAUUUCAUUAUAUCACACAAAACGCAGAAGCCUUCUUUUUUGGCUCAUAUUUCAUUAAAUUAUUCAAACGCAUGCAAUGUCGUGUAUUUUUAAAUAGGUGUAGUUUUUAACUUUAUAAAUUGUAAAGACGCAAAGCUAUUUUUAUAAUAUUGAAAUUACUUUUUCUAUUGUUAAUCAGUCAAAAGUGAUGGGCGCCUUGUGACUAACGAGUAAUGUUAUAACCAUCUGUAACACUAUGUUGACUAAAUAAAUAAUUAUUACUUUU